AUGGAAUCAUCAUAUGAGGAUAUUCGACGUAAAACAAUGGAAGAGAAUAAAAAAAGGAUGGAGGCUCUCAAUCUAACUCAUCUCUCUCAAUCCCUUCACAAAUCUUCUUCCACCAUUUCAAAAACCUCACCGCGUUUCACGAAGGGUCAGCCGAGGGUUAUACUACCAGGAGAUCUUCAAGUAACCAAAAUGAAGCACUUGCGGAGACAUGGUUUACAACCAACGUUCCAAGUGAUAGAACCACUACCAUCUCCGAUGACAACACCGACAAAUCCACCAUCUUCUCAAGCACCGCCUUCUCAAGCACCACCUUCUCAAGCACCGCCUUCUCAAGCACCACCUUCUCAAGCGACAACAUCGCUAGCUGUGCAAACGAUAGAACCACAUCUUUCUCCGGUGACAACAACACCAACUACUGUGCAAGCGACAGAAGCAACACCUUCUCAAGUGACAACACCAAGAUCAGUGCAAGAGACAGAAACAACACAUUUCCAAGAGACAUCCUCUCACUCUGAAGAUGUGGUAGAAGAUGAGCCAGAAAUUUCUCAAAAAAGGAAUUUUACAUUUUGGGAUGUAGAAGUCAUUAAUGAGGCGGGACAUAUUUCAAAGACACACUUAAGGGUAUCAGACGUGCUUGAAGCUCCUCCUAAUGUUAGCAGAAUAAUAACUAGAUGGAAUUCAAAUGGGCAACCGGUAGGAUCAGCUGCUGGUUUGUUAGGCGGUUUUUUGGGUGAAAUUGCAAGGAAGUUUAAGGAUUUUCCUAUAAUGUACGACAAUUGGAAACUAGUUCCAUCGACAAGAAAAAAUGAAAUUUUUAAGGAUAAAAUACAGGUAUCAAUUAUAAACAACUGAAUAUUCUUUAUU